AUGGUACGGAUGCUCGAGCCCCCGAAUCAGUGGCUCCCUGAGCACCUGGCAUCUACCGCAAGACCAUCAGCCAUGUGUGGCGCAGACGACAAAACAAGUCGCUGCUCUAGGAGCCAUUUGCGGUGCCGCGUGACACCCCGAAGUUGGAUUGAAGCCGUCGACCACAGCCAUUUUCAGAAAAGGGACUGUUCACACUGCGCAAGGCUGUUUGCUGAAGGCAUCAUGCCGGAGACCAUGGAGAUCAGUGAUGCCGCGAAGUCUGGGGACGGAACUACGACCAACGUUGGCAUCAAGAUGACGGGCACCUUCCAGUGCCCUGAGUGCCGUCAGAAGUUCGACUCUGAGAAGGCGAAGCAGCUGCACUGGAAGUUCAUCCAUGACCCGAACAGGCACCAGGAAGACUGA